CAGGGCUGGGAUUUGUGACUGAAACAUGAUGAAACCAUCCUGUGGACAAAUGAAAUGAGUCUGUCAGCUUCUCCAGGUGGGAUUACUUGGAGCUGAUAGACUGAAGUCCCAGAGCAAUCCGAGCAGAAGCCCUGACACCAAGAGGAGACCUGAAGCCUCUGCACUAUGAUUCUCCACAGUGUCCUAAACUUAUAUCAGGUAGUCUAUUGUAUCACCUUUCUAUUCGGAAUACAAGUUUGUUUUGGAUUUACGGCGAAUCGCUUGAAACGAUCGGAAUCGGAAUGGGAUGAAGGUAUUGCAUCCGUUCUAUCAGAUUCCCCAUGGAUCAGCACUUCUGGGUCCUGUAAGGGCAGAUGUUUUGAACUUCAAGAGGCCGAUCCCCCUGCAUGCCGCUGUGACAACCUGUGCAAGAGUUACAACAGCUGUUGCCAAGACUUUGAUCAGCAUUGCCUAAAGACAGGUCGAGGCUGGAGCUGCAAGGAGAGGUGUGCAGAGGCUCGGAGUGAAGACAAUGCAUGCCACUGCUCUGAAGAUUGUUUGGCCAAAGGAGAUUGCUGUACUGAUUAUCACAUAACAUGCAAAGGUUAUAAUAAAAGGUUUCUUCGGCCUCCUUUGAUCAUUUUCUCUGUUGAUGGUUUUCGUGCUUCCUAUAUGAAAGAAGGAGCGAAGGUUAUGCCCAAUAUCUACAAACUGAGAACCUGUGGAACACAUGCUCCAUAUAUGAGACCUGUUUAUCCAACAAAAACAUACCCCAAUUUGUAUACGCUGGCAACGGGCCUUUAUCCAGAAUCUCAUGGCAUUGUUGGGAACUCCAUGUAUGAUCCUGUCUUUGAUGCUAACUUCAGCCUUCGGUCACGAGAGAAAUUUAAUCACAGAUGGUGGGGUGGACAACCGCUUUGGAUUACUGCUGGAAAACAGGGGCUGAAGGCAGCCACAUUCUUCUGGCCAGUGUCUAUACCUUAUCAGCGGAGAGUUUUAACAGUUCUUCAGUGGCUGCAUUUGUCUGACAGUGAAAGGCCUUACGUCUAUGCACUUUAUUCAGAGCAACCUGAUCAAACGGGACACAAAUAUGGACCGUUUAGUACCGAGCUGUCUAAUCAACUGAAGGAAAUCGAUGUCAUUGUGGGCAUGUUAAUGGACGGUCUAAAGCAAAUGAAGUUACAUCGAUGCGUCAAUAUUAUGUUUGUGGGAGAUCAUGGUAUGGAAGAAGCAACAUGCGAGAGAACUGAAUUUCUGAACUCCUAUUUAAACAAUGUGGACGAUUUUGUCUUCUUACCUGGAUCUUUAGGACGUUUGCGUACUAAGAACAGUCUGCCUAAACAUGAUCCCAAAGUAGUUGUUGCAAAUCUUACGUGUAAAAAACCAGACCAGCACUUUAAGCCUUACCUGAAGCAAUACCUUCCAAAGAGACUGCACUAUGCCAACAACAGAAGGAUAGAAGACAUUCAUAUAUUGGUUGACAGGAAAUGGCAUGUAGCAAGGAAACCUGUAGAUGUCUAUAAAAAGCCAACCAAAGGCUGUGUUUUCCAAGGAGAUCAUGGCUAUGACAACAAGAUUAGCAGCAUGCAGACGGUCUUUGUUGCAUAUGGACCUACAUUCAAAUACAAGACGAAAGUACCUCCAUUUGAAAAUAUAGAGUUAUAUAAUCUCAUGUGUGACCUUCUUGGUUUAAAACCUGCCUCCAACAAUGGAACUCAUGGAAGCUUAAAUCACCUCCUAAGAAUGGCAACUCACAAGCCAGGACUGCCAGAUGAAAUCUCCAAACCAGUGCCAGUCGUUGUCUCUCCAUCCACUGUGAACGAAGAGCUAGGAUGUUCUUGUGAGGUUCAGGUAAAUAUGAAGAAUAAAGCUGAGGAACUGAAUAAAAGACUUUAUGUCAAAGCAACAGAUGAUAAAAACCUCUUAUAUGGGAGACCAGCCAUUUUAUUUAAGACCAAGUAUAGCAUAUUGCAUCACAGUGAUUUUGUCAGUGGUUACAGUGAGAGCUUGAUGAUGCCACUUUGGACGUCGUACUCCAUAUCCAAACAGGCUGAAGUAUCUGGCAUCCCCGACUAUCUCUCGAAUUGUGUAAGACUCGACCCACGCAUUUCUCCUGGCAACAGCCAAAGCUGUUCUGCUUACAAAGCUGACAAGCAGAUGUCCUAUGGAUUCCUCUUCCCACCACAGUUGAGUUCUUCUGCUGAUGCCAAAUAUGAUGCAUUCCUCAUUACAAAUGUUGUUCCCAUAUAUCCAGCAUUUAAAAAGAUCUGGAACUAUUUGCAGAGGGUCCUGAUGAAACGAUAUGCAUCUGAAAGGAAUGGAGUCAACGUCAUUACUGGCCCGAUAUUUGACUAUGACUACGAUGGCUUAUAUGACACCUCUGACAAAAUUAAAACUUUUGUAGAUGGAACAAUAUCAGUCCCAACACAUUACUUCUGUAUAAUCACCAGCUGCUUAGAUUUUAACCAGCCAGCUGACAACUGCGAUGGCAGAUUAUCCGUUAUGUCUUUUAUCAUUCCUCACCGGCCAGAUAACGAUGAAAGUUGCAAUAACUCGGAAGAUGAAUCAAAAUGGGUGGAAGAACUUUUAAAGAUGCACACCGCUCGUGUUAAAGACAUUGAACAGCUGACCGGACUGGACUUCUAUCGAAAGACCAAUCGCGGCUACACAGAGAUCCUUUCCCUGAAGACGUACAUGCAUACGUUUGAGAGCGAGAUUUGAAGAAACCAACGGCGUAACUCAAGUGGUGUAUAUUUUUUAUAUUUUUUUUGUAUUUAUUAAUUUUUAAACCAGGACACUUAAAUAUAUUUAGUACUUUAAUCCUAAAUGUCACGCACACGUCAGAUGUCCAGUAAUGUUUUAGAUGUCUGUGUUGGGAAAUCUCGUUCUUGCUGCAGCUAGGCUGGUAGACUAAGCUUGUUUAAUAGUGCUGCAGAAUUACUUCUUGCACUGGGAACUUUAUUUUUCUAGUGCAACACUGAUGUCUUUGUAGACUUUUUACUAUGUAAUGCAAUAUGUAAAAUGACUUAUAUUAACUGGAAAUUGUGACCAAACAUAUUUAUGUUGUAUGGAUUAAUGGAACCUCAUAUAAUAAACCACACAUGUUUCAUUUUUAAUGCUG